GGGUAGGGCUGCGGACGACGGAUGUCAAACCCUCCCAAACGACCCGUAACUCCAAGCUCGGCAACCGUUUCGAGCUGGCCGUAGCCUAAUCCCAUUGGUACGACCUGCGACCCGACGCCCUUUUCACACAAAGCUUGAAGCUUCCACCACCUCCAUGCAAGCGCGUUGGGACUCUGCCCUCCAUCCAGCCAGGCGAGCUGGUCGCUCGACGGCCAUUAUUCCAAGUGGGCUGGGAUUGAGGAGGUGCUUGCGUGCUGUAUGGUUCGAGGUAUGCUGUCAUCAACGUGUUUCGCUAAUCACACUGCGGGCAGGAUUGUCGAGAGCAUAUGCCUUUUUUUUUUCUUUAGGUAGUGCUACAAAGAUCUUCAAGAUGUGCAAGGCCCGAUUCAGCGUCGUCCACCAUCCCCCGUUGCAGCUGAGUAAGAUAGCCAUGGUGUACGACGUCGAGUCGAGGUUUGCAUUAUGCAUAUUGUCUCCUAGGGCUGCGGUUACCCACAGCAGGUACCUAGGUUUUGCACGAGUCUUUGAGGCUGUCGGUCCCGCAACGGGUUGGAUCGGAGGCUACGCUUACGGACGAGAAAAGGCUCCCUCCCGUUCGAGCACCGGGCAGAUUACGAUUGGGCCGCAAUUCUUUUCCCCUGGAAACGCGAGAAAUUUCUUCAGAGCUUUUAUGUAAAAUCAGUAUUUUAUUCUUUUGCUUCAUGUUUUCUAGCCUUUUUACUUUUUCUGAAUAAUAUAAUCUCCUUGCUUUGGGACCUCACUUGACGGAGGGAGGAGACGCCGCCAAUUUAUUAAUAAUUUACUUUGUAGCGCGAAAAUGGAGACAGUCGG